AUGGCGUCGGACAGCGACGGCAGUAAAAGUAGCGUCGUCAUCCUUAGGUGCAUCCAUGAGAAACUUGUAGAAUACAAAACUUCGCUCUUGCGGCAGCUGAAAGAUGAGCAGAAAUUUGCGCUAGCAAUUAGCAAAGUGCUCACGCCCGAAGAUGUGGAGGAGGACAGGAAUUCUAGUGUAGCAGAGCAGGAGGUGGCACUUCCCGAGGGCGAUAGGAUUUGGCAAGAGGAGGAAGCUUAUGCUGCUGUAGUUGAGACUGUAGCUGAUGCUGUAUCUGAAGUUGAAGUUGAGACGCUAAAGGCAGGUGAUAGCGGAUUUCCUUGCAGUGAUGUUUCUGUCGUGGGUCCUGCUCUUGCAGAUGUGCCAGAGAAGUCAAUAUUUGAAGAGACAAGAUUAGAUUUUGGUUUGAAGAAACGGCGGCUAUCGGAGGUAGAGGUGAAAGGUUCGGCUGAAGCCGAAAAUGAAGAAGCAUCUGUGAAGAAGUUGAAGAGGAGCAAAGUAAAAAGCGAAAGAAAGUUUGACGAUAGAAAGGAACACACUGGAGCAAAGGAAGAAAAUCCGAAAAUUGGACUGGAUACUGCUGCGGACCAGGAACAUCUGCCUAAAGGGACUCCGUAUCAUGUUUUACAAAAGACGUCGGUUCCUCCAAACAAAUAUUUAUUGCAAAAGCGACGGGAGGAAGAGGCAUCGGAUCGCAAAGCUGCUCACGAACAGCAGCAGCCACUUUUGCUAGCUUCGCUAGAAAAUAGCAAGAAAAUUACAUGUAGCAAACGGUCGGUGUCGACGCCGAUAAGCUCUUCAGCAUCUGUGGAUCUGAUAGAUGCAAAGUUUGAUCGAAGGCUGCGUGAACACGUGCAUCUUCACCGGGAGGUAAAUAAACGCAGCCAUGCUGUUACAAGGAAACGGCAACUGCCGCGACUGCCAACACCAGCGCGUGGCAAGACUCACUGGGACUUCGUACUGGAGGAGAUGAAGUGGAUGGCGACAGAUUUUGCUCAGGAACGUAAUUGGAAACGGGUGCUCCAACAUCGCUUGGCAGCCGAUGUGAUUGUUGCGCAAAAUUCAGGAAAUGUGCGUCAGGAAUUAGAGAAUUGUCAGAUGGCCCGUGGUGUUGCUUUACAGAUUUCGGCUUUUUGGCGAACGAUGGAACGGAUUGCAGCGAGAUCACGAGUGCGAUUUGAAGCCGCGGGUACUGACCGGUCAGAUCAUGGUGAGAUUGAUGAUACAGCGUCAGGGGGCAAUCCUGCACCUUCUGAAGACGGUAGCAAGCAGGGCAAAAGUGAGGACGUCGAGAUGGGUGGCGCCGAAAACGAUAAUUUGGCAUUGAAGUUCCAUAUUAUUGGCCCCGCAGCUAGCAACGCGAUGGACGCAAAACGUGAUGUAAAAAAAUUGUGGAAGCCAGAAGUGGUGCUAAAUUCUGCAAAAGCUCAUGUUACUUAUAUUGUGAGUGCAGGAAAGCGAGCGCGCAGCGCAAUGACUUCUUUAUCAACAAAAGACGCUGAUGUGGAAAGGUCCACAGCGUGGUCGCUACGUGAGGCGGCCUUCCAGGGUUUGCUAGCGCGUUGUACUGCCUUGCAUGCGGAGGGAAGGCCCACCAUUUGCUUGGCCACCUUUCAAGUGCUGGCUUUGAGGUGGAUGUUCGACUUGUACUCCAGUGGCCUCAACAUGUUUUUAAAUGACCAACUCGGAAUGGGCAAGGCAGCCACGAUCGUUGCUUUUCUUAGCUUGAUCGAAAUUGUGUCCUCUCAGAAGCAGCAACAAGAAGGUGGUGCAUUAUGCGCAUCUAUAGUAGAACGCGCGUAUGGUGAACAAUCGGAAGGCCCACAUUUGAUUGUUGUAUCUGAGGAGGAGCUUCAUAAGUGGCGGCAUUAUCUUCGCGUAUGGCAUCCAGACCGGCGUAUUCAGCUUUAUGACGGCGUAGGUAAGACAUCGCAUUAUAAAGAACAGUUGCAGCAGGAGUGGAAUGUUAAGCUUCGAGCCCAAGCGCAUAAGGGUGAAGACGAUUUCCUUGUAGCCCCGCCCAAUAAUAACGAUGACGAAGGAUUGGACGACGACGAACGUGCUGAACCUUUAUAUUGUGUACUAUGCCCCGUGGGUGCAUUCGCUGAAGAUCGACAGGCUUUUGUGGCAUUUACGUAUUGGCAGAUGGUCGUCGUGGAAAAGGAGCAUGGUGGUCAUUUUGAUGACUCGACUUGCGUGUCCGCGCUGCAACAGCUUCGACAACAACAGCGGCGAGUCUUGUGCAACGGUCAAUCGAUUGAAAAUUGGAAAAACACUGCUUUACGUUUACAGUACGCUGAAUUUGUAGUGCGAGAAGCUUCUGCUCCUGAUGGUAGCGAUGCGCAUGGAAGCUGCCAUCGAGUGGAGACCUGGCCUGUGCAAGAACUACUAGUUGAAAGGUCAUCUGUGGCGGAGGUGAUGCAAAUUUAUGGCAAAUCAUCGAGUGUACGGGCUGCUUUGUGGAAGGCAUCUUCCCAGCAAGAGGACUUGCCAAAGUAUAUGAAUGCGUUGCUACUAACAUUAUCCUGUCUUAGCUUGCGGCGGGUCCGCAGCGAAGUUGAGACAGAAUUACGCAAAAUUGAGGAAAUAAGCUUGAGCUGCCAACCCAGUCUGUCACAAAGUACACAGUAUCGAAACGCACUAAGUGGAUUUGCGGCAACGCUAGAUCCUGCCAGUGGCCGCGAAGAGCGACUGAGUGUCUGGCUGCAACUUCUGCUGCGUCUUCGUCAGAUCUGCAAUUGCGUUGAUCUCGUGAACGAUAUGGAUAAGUUAGGGCACGCUGAUUUGCGAUUGCUAACUAGUUGUUCCGCGAAAUUAGAGGCGUUGGAACCACUGCUACGUCGGCUAGUGUUUCAGGAAGGCAAGAAGGUGGUGAUAUACUGCCAGUUCCACGGUAUGUUUCCUGUCUUAGAGCUAUUUCUUUCUCUGUUAGAUGUUAGCUACGUGCGCAUCACUGGCUCGAUCGCCAUGCAGCGUCGUGCGCUUUGCCAUUUUGCGGACCGCAUUGUGGUUCGUGUGGCACUCGCAUCUACUCGGCUGUCCACUUCAGAUGGAGGCCAGGCAGUGUCAGUAUUUGGUAGUGAUGCCAUCGUGGUCGUUGACAGUGACUGGAAUGCUACGUGUGACGCGAAGCUUCGGGCAAGUUGGGCUAAAAUGGCGGUUUGCGGUACAGAUACACUGGCAGUCUACCGACUGCAUUGUGAAAAUACUGUCGAGGCAUCAUUACUACGCGUGGGGGCUUCGCUUACUGAGAAAGUGUUUGGCGAGAUAACUCCACAAGAACUUCUUGCUGUGCCGUCUGACAUGACAUUGUCGAUUAAAAAACCCAGUUGGUGGUUUCCAACCGUUACUAGCAGCGGUGGAAACGGCUUGACUGUCACCGGACCAAUGGUGAAACUUGCGAGUCUGACUCAGCAAGUGGAACAAAAUGAGAAGUACUGCGGAAGUCCUAGUGAACUUGAAGCGCCACUUGUUGUGUACAAUGUGGAUUUGGAUGCAGAGGAACAUCUUUUGCUGGCCAAUACAGACGAGCUGACACCUGUCGAAUGGUACGCUGUUAACUUCGUCCACGACAUUAUUGACAGAAAACAACAGCAGGGAAGUGAAGUAAAAACAAUUGAAAGCGAAUUUGGAAACGUUGAAGACGAAGACGUCGCCUCUAGCGAUGAAAAAGACGCGUUUUUUUACUCAGAACAGCGCUCAUUCGAAAAAUUGGCUGCUUUAGAAGUAAAUCGUCACUGGCAAGAAGGCGAUGCGGCAUCGCAGCUUUUUUUCAAAGUCGAAUUCCUCCACAACGGUGUGGUGUGUGGAAGCGCGCUCGAAAGCAUUUUCAUGCAAAUGCGUACGCAAGGCAUGGAAACGCAUUUUGAGGUAUACAAGCCUCCACUUUUGCGGUUAAUAGACGAUGCGAAAUCGCAGGACGGGGCUUUUCCCCUAAGGACUGGUGUGAGCAUAGACACCCAGAUGGAGUUCCGGAUAUCAUAUCGUGUGCCGGUACCUCCGCCGCCAGUGCCUGAAACUGCAAAGUUUAAGUUAGAGCAUGCUGUCGGGCAGCAUGGGGAUCAAUCCAAAUUUAUUAAGUCUAGCAAGAAACAGCGGGCCAGUGCCGCUGUUAUGGCAGCAGCGAGGAGCGGAUUAGUACCUAUUUCGAAUCGAAAUUCGAUGAAUUUUUCAGCUAACUCUGCAGAUGCUAAACGCAAGCUUGAAGCACAGUUAAGCGACAUUAAGUUGGGACCCCAAAAGGAGCAACGUGUGGAUUUAGAGGGAAUUCCCGUCCCCGAUGUAUCAGAAUUUGCAGAUGAUGACUUUUGGGGUGACACGAACUUAGUUGCACUUGAUUCGGCUGAAUGGGAUGAUCCUGCUCUUCUUGGUGGUAUCUUAGGUGUUGGUGUGAGCGGCACCGGUACUGGAGCAUCUUAUACAGCCACUUCAUCUUGUACAACAUUUAAUGGAGCAGGUGCGUCGAUAGCGUCAGGAGCCAGCAGUGUGACGGGGAGUGCGAUCGGGCCGCACGCGGAUCCACGCCAAUUCACGACACCUUUCCAGAAGAGCUCAAAAAAGUCGAAGACCGGAACAGGGCGCGUUAGAAAAACCAGCUUGUCCUCAUUUGAUUCUGGGCGUGACGUUUGGAGCAUGCAUGACGACGUCGUCCUCAAAAAAUUGUUCGAACUUUACGGGCCCAAUUGGACUCUCAUCGCGCAGGUGCUCUAUUCGACCACUGCGGUCUCUCGUUUUGUCGGUAAGAAGCGUUCACCACGACAAUGUUACGACCGCUACAGCAAGAUUAUAUCUGGUAACAUUACCAGUGGGGCUUCUGCUGCUUUUACAACGAAAGAUGGCAAGUCAGUUUCCUCGCUAAAUACCCACCGUGUCGCAAACGUUGCGGCCGCUCAGCUUACUCCAGUAGUACUGGACACGCGCAUCGGAUUGGCGCACGGUGAAUUGCUUUUGAACUUUUCACCACGUCAUUCGUUUCCUGGGUUGCCGCCGCCAUCUAUCGUGAGCGCGCCCAGUUUGGUGGAGGCACACCGUCAAAAGCAAAUAACCACAAAUGCUGCUGCUGGUAAAACGCUAAUCAACAAGGAAGCUGGAGGAUUGGACGAUCUAAAGUCAAUCAAGACCUCAUUUGACGCUAUAAUUCAGUGCAUGAAGCACAAGACGUCGCCACCGCCGAUCCCAAUCCCUGUCGGAGCGAGUUCUACAAUAUCAGGUUCAACUGCAACGCCAGCCACACCAAGCUCGACAGAUUUGGGGACGAAGGCGUCACUCACAGCUGGAUCGUUUCCAUCGUUGCAAGUUCCAACUCUUGCUUCAGCCUUAUCCACUCCAACCAAAGCCAGUGCGAAAGGAAUCGAAAAAGCUUCCCUUCCGCCAGCAGCGAUCGCAAAGGCGCUGCCUGUUGUGGUGCCGCCGCCACAUAAAUCGUACACUGACAUGGUUUCGCUCCUUCCAGGAGCUGUCCUUGGCCCGGACGAAGUAAUUAAGCGCAGCAAGAGGGCGGCAUUAGUAGCCGUACAAGCGGCGGCUUCCGUAGCUUCGAUCGGGCGUGAAGGCUCUCCGCUUUCUGCAAGUGGUGAUGUUAUGCUCGGCGCUGGCUCGGGAUUUGGCGUAUCAGUAAGUAGUUCAAUGCCUCGCCGUUCGCACGCAGCAUCUCUCACGAGUGAAACGAGCGCUGUCAGUGUGAUGUCUAUUCCGACAAUACCAUCUUCGAGAGCUGUUGCCGCUGCUGCAGUAUCAGCAGGCGCACGAUCGCAGACAACGACAGCGACAAAAGAAACGUGGGGUGGAAUCGUUCAAGAUGUGAGCGCGAACGGAUUAAAUGUUAGCGCGGCUGUGGAUCCAGAAAGCGGCAGUGGAUCGCAGCGGAAUGCGCCUAUCCCUGUGACCACAUCGACGCUAUUGCACGUCCUGGACCGCAUGCCUGAGAUUAAGAACAAGAUUCAAUCCAUCUUAAAUCGCUCAGACUGUUCCGAGUCGCAAAAGGUGGCCAUGAUUGCUCGUUUGUUGAGCAACACGAACGCCAUUAACAACACGAACGCGCUUGGAGCAACUGCGACAAUGUCCUCGUCAGAUGUAUCAGUCGAUGACAACAGUGCAGUGUUGGUGGCGCUUACCGCCGAUCGUGGCAUGCUCAGCUCCCCUGAUAUGCUCAUCGACACGGAGACGCCCAUCCCGAUGCCGGCAUCACUGGGCGCGUCGGUGUCUAAUGUGGGCACUUCGUCUGCCAUGACUCCACAAGGACAGCUUCGUCCACCAGCAAAGUAG